AUGGAGUUUAAAAAAUCGACAAAAAUAAUGAUUGAUGAUUUAUUAAUGGAUUCCAAAAUUGACUGUUCAAUCGCUUGCAUCGAAGAAAAUAUUAACAAAAGAAAACAUUAUUAUGAACGUUAUCGACGCUUACUACAUAGUGCAAUGAUUCGGUCGGAGGGACUGGCACAAAAUGUACAAAGUAUUUUGAUAUUGAUCGUUGAAAAAGAUCCAAAACUAAGUGUAAAAUAUAAAAUCUUUCUGACAACUGCAAUUAUUACACCAAUAUUUAGUGCCGGUGUUAUCAUUGGACUUACUACAGCACAUGUGCUUCCAUUGGCAACCUGUAGCUUUACUUUAUCUACAGCUGGAAUUGCUGGAGUGGCUAUUGGUGGUGGUAUACUACUCUUAAUAACAGCAUGGCUUGUUUACAAAACAAUUCAAACUAAGCGUUUUGAUUGGAAAAAAGCAAUGGGUGAAUUAAGUGAAGCAUUCCGCGAUAUACUUCGAAGAUAUUUCCCAUAUUUAGAAAAUUUUUUCUCUCAAGGACAUGAAAAAGCAAUAACAGAUGAUCAACUUCAAAAAUCACUUCUACAUUCAUUAGAAUGUAUACAAGUUGAUGAAAACACAUGGCUAUAUGAUGAUAGUUUAAACGAUUUAAAAAUAGUGAUUGAAGAAACAUUAAUUGAAUUAGAUGAAGAUCAUUCUAUCUUCGAACAAAGUUGUUCAUGUGAAGCUUGA